CUUCCAAAGAGGAGGGAAAGAUGCAGGGAGGUCGUCCUUCCCGGGUACAGAAGCUCUUCGGAACUGUCGUUCACCGGAACUGGAUAGUUGCUUCCCAGCGGAGCUUUGAGAGCGGACACCCCGGGGCAAGAUGGCGGUCGGGCCUCGGCCGCUGCCCCGGGUCUGGCAAAGCUCGAAGGUAUUGAGCUGAGGCGGCCUCGACCCCGAGCGCGGGGGCCUCGAGCGGAUAACGGUCUACGGCCUGUGGAAAAGACACGCUCCUCUGAAGCAAGAAGCUGCCCUCAGCUGUGAGUCCUCGACAACAUCACUAAUGAUUACCUGGCGUUUCUGUGUCACAGGCAGGUCCUCAGGGUUCGUGCAAGUUUGCAAACAUGUUCACCGUUUCUCAGACCUCGAGAGCAUGGUUCAUCGAUAGGGCCCGUCAGGCUCGAGAGGAAAGGCUCGUGCAGAAGGAGCGGGAGCGGGCAGCCGUUGAGAUUCAGGCCCAUGUUCGGAGUUUCCUGUGUCGGAGUCGGCUGCAGAGAGAAAUCAGGAGAGAGAUCGAUGAGUUUUUUAAAGUAGAUGAUGCUGAGUCCAGUAAAAGAAGCGCACUUUGUAUUUUUAAGAUUGCCAGGAAACUGCUGUUCCUGUUCAGAAUUAAAGAGGAUAAUGAGAGAUUUGAGAAGUUGUGUCGCUGCAUCCUGAGCAGCAUGGAUGCUGAGAAUGAACCCAAGGUGUGGUAUGUGUCCCUGGCUCUUUCCAAGGAUCUCACCCUCCUGUGGAUUAAACAGAUCAAACACAUUCUUUGGUAUUGCUGUGAGUUUCUUGAGCAGCUCAAGCCUGAAAUUUUACAGGACUCCAGACUCAUCACGCUGUACCUCACAGUGCUUGUCACCUUCACAGACACUUCAACGUGGAAAAUUCUCCGUGGAAAAGGGGAGAGUCUUCGACCAGCCAUGAACCACAUUUGUGCAAACAUCAUGGGACAUCUCAACCAGCGUGGAUUUUAUUCUGUGCUGCAGAUAUUAUUAACCCGUGGCCUGGCGAGACCCCGGCCUUGUCUGUCCAAAGGCACUUUAACUGCAACCUUUUCUCUAGCGCUGCGCCCUGUGAUUGCCGCACAAUUUUCUGACAAUCUGAUUCGGCCAUUCCUCAUCCACAUCAUGUCUGUACCUGCUCUUGUGACUCAUCUCAGCACAGUGACCCCUGAGCGCCUCACUGUUUUAGAAUCUCAUGACAUGCUUCGUAAAUUCAUCAUGUUUUUAAGAAACGAAGAUCGAUGCCGUGACGUAUGUGAAAGCUUAGAAGGAUGCCAUACGCUCUGUCUAAUGGGCAACCUCCUGCACUUGGGCUCCCUCAGCCCCAGGGUGUUAGAGGAGGAGACGGAAGGGUUUGUGAGUUUGCUCACCCAGAUGCUGUGCUACUGUCAGAAGUACGUGUCCCAGAAGAAAUCCAACCUGACACACUGGCACCCUGUCCUCGGCUGGUUCUCGCAAUCUGUGGACUACGGCCUUAAUGAGUCCAUGCCCUUGAUCACCAAGCAGCUGCAGUUCCUGUGGGGGGUGCCUCUGAUCCGGAUCUUCUUCUGUGACAUCCUGAGCAAGAAGCUGCUGGAGAACCAGGAGCCAGCCCACGUGCAGCCAGCAUCCCCCCAGAAUGUGCUUCCCGUGAAGAAUCUCCUGAAGCGUGCGUUUCAGAAGUCUGCAUCCGUUCGGAAUAUUCUCAGGCCUGUUGGGGGUAAGCGUGUGGACUCUGCGGAGGUCCAGAAGGUCUGCAACAUCUGUGUCCUCUACCAGACCUCGCUGACGACUCUGACCCAGAUCCGGCUACAGAUACUCACAGGUCUCACUUACCUUGAUGACCUGCUCCCCAAACUGUGGGCGUUUAUCUGUGAGCUGGGGCCCCACGGAGGGUUAAAGCUCUUCUUGGAAUGCCUCAACAAUGACACUGAAGAGUCCAAGCAGCUCUUGGCCAUGCUGAUGCUGUUCUGUGACUGCUCCCGGCACCUCAUCACGAUCCUUGACGACAUUGAAGUUUAUGAAGAACAGAUUUCCUUCAAACUGGAAGAGCUGGUCACCAUCUCCUCUUUCCUGAACUCCUUUGUGUUUAAGAUGAUCUGGGAUGGACUCGUAGAGAACGCCAAGGGGGAGACUUUGGAGCUGUUCCAGUCCGUGCACGGGUGGCUGAUGGUGCUGUAUGAGCGGGACUGUCGGCGCCGCUUCGCCCCUGAGGACCACUGGCUGCGCAAGGAUCUCAAACCUAGCGUGCUCUUCCAAGAACUGGACAAGGACAGGAAACGGGCCCAGCUGAUCCUGCAGUACAUCCCUCACGUCAUUCCCCACAAAAACAGAGUUCUCCUGUUUCGAAACAUGGUCACCAAGGAGAAGGAGAAACUGGGGCUCGUGGAGACCAGCUCGGCCUCUCCCCACGUCACUCAUAUCACUAUCCGACGGUCCCGGAUGCUGGAGGACGGCUACGAGCAGCUCCGGCAGCUCUCCCAGCACGCCAUGAAGGGCGUGAUCCGCGUUAAGUUCGUCAACGACCUCGGGGUGGACGAGGCAGGCAUUGACCAGGACGGCGUCUUCAAGGAGUUCUUGGAGGAGAUCAUCAAGAGGGUGUUCGACCCGGCACUCAAUUUGUUCAAGACAACCAGCGGGGACGAGAGGCUCUACCCCUCGCCCACGUCCUACAUUCACGAGAACUACCUGCAGCUCUUCGAGUUUGUGGGCAAGAUGCUGGGGAAGGCCGUGUACGAGGGAAUUGUGGUGGACGUGCCCUUCGCGUCCUUCUUCCUGAGCCAGCUGCUUGGGCACCACCACAGUAUCUUCUACAGCUCUGUGGACGAGCUUCCUUCGCUGGACUCAGAGUUCUAUAAAAACCUCACUUCCAUUAAGCGCUACGACGGGGACAUCUCCGACCUGGGCCUGACUCUGUCCUACGACGAGGACGUCAUGGGUCAGCUUGUUUGCCAUGAACUGAUUCCUGGAGGGAAGACCAUUCCUGUUACGAAUGAAAAUAAGAUUAGCUACAUCCAUUUGAUGGCACAUUUUCGGAUGCACACCCAAAUAAAAAACCAGACAGCUGCCCUCAUUAGCGGAUUCCGCUCCAUUAUCAAGCCCGAGUGGACCCGGAUGUUCUCAACCCCUGAGCUACAGCGUCUCAUCUCCGGUGACAAUGCUGAGAUUGAUCUGGAAGAUUUAAAGAAGCACACGGUAUACUACGGUGGCUUUCAUGGAAGUCACAGGGUCAUCAUCUGGCUCUGGGACAUUCUGGCCUCUGACUUCACACCCGACGAGAGAGCCAUGUUUCUGAAGUUUGUGACCAGCUGCUCCAGGCCCCCGCUCCUGGGAUUCGCCUACCUCAAGCCUCCCUUCUCCAUCCGCUGUGUCGAAGUGUCAGAUGAUCAGGACACCGGGGACACCCUGGGCAGCGUGCUUCGGGGCUUCUUCACCAUCCGCAAGCGGGAGCCGGGCGGCCGUCUGCCCACCUCCUCCACCUGCUUCAACCUGCUCAAGCUGCCUAACUACAGCAAGAAGAGCGUCCUCCGGGAGAAGCUGCGCUACGCCGUCAGCAUGAACACGGGCUUCGAGCUCUCCUAGCUCCCCGCUCCCGCCACCUGCCCUGGCCGACUCCUGGGCUGCCAGGGGCCUUCAGCUCCAGGGGGCGGGGUCACCCUGGGAGUGGGUGACCAACAAGCCAGGUGACCUCUCACUCUUUAUAGCCAUGAGACUCCCCUGUGGCCUCAACUACUUGGGACGCACAUGACGACUCCGUAGCAUUCUCCAGGUGACACUGAUGGGAAGGGUGUUGAGAAUAAACCUCCAGGUUCCGCCCGCGCUGAUCCUUUUCUCCUACUUUCCGGGGUCUGAAGCCCAGGCCUGUGAUCACAGAGGGCCUUCUCCUUUUGAUAGUUUGGUUUUUUGGUGAGUCUUUUUUUUCCUUAACCUUGUGAGUGAGCUGUGCAUGAACAAGUCCCAGGAACUCCAAGGGUCCAGAGCGGUUUUCACGAUAUGGUCCCGAGUGCACAAAGCCUACUACGGGUGAGACGCUCUCCUUCUGUUUCUGAAAACUCCCUUCUCAGGUAAGGCCUUGCCAAGCCUCUAUGCACUCGACAAAGUCUCUGCCUCCGUCCCGUCCACACGCGGCCUCUCUGCAGACAGUCAGGCCCACCUGCUCCCCAGGGAAGCAGAGGUGCCUGCCGGGAAGGCUGCAGAGCCCAGGACUUUCGGGCACUGCCCCCACCUCGAAACCACGCAUUCCAUGCGGCGGCCGUGCCCCACCCCCAGGCUCGCCUCAGAUGCUCUGAGUCCUCAGGCCAAGCUGCCAGGAGGCCCCCACUGGCUUGAUCCUGUCUCGUGCAUUCACAUUGGCAUCCUGGCUUAGGGAGAAAAAAUACCUGUUGGCCCUUAAGAGCAGCUCCGUUUCCAGAGGGCGCUGGCUGUUCCCCAAGGCCUGCUGAUUAGGGGGUAGCUGCCUUCCCUCUGCUUGUUUGCCCUGCUUUUGUCUAGUAAGGAACAAACACUAGCCGAGUUUCCCAGCCUGUUGGGGCGGUGGCCUCCCCCCAUUGAUGGUAAAAUCCCAAGAAACUUGGUCUUGCCGCUCAUUUUUCCUCAGCACGGGGAACCGGGAGCCCUUCACACUGAUGGACGCUCAGAGGGCUGAGAGAACUCUGGGUUGGGUUUUUUGGUUUUUGGUUUUUUUACUUCGUUUUCUCUUCCAACCCAUUGUGCUCCUCUGCCCUCAUUCUUGCCCCUUAUCAUAAGAACUUUAUUCUAGAUCCAGGGAAUUGAGACAAAGGCCAUGUCCAUGGUCUGUGUUGACAGCCAUCCACCCUCGCCCCCCUCGUCAAGCUCCUUAUGCAUCCCCACCACCAAGAUUGAAGCCAGGAGUGCCUGGUCCCUCCUCUGCUCUGUGGAGCUCGCUGGGGGCUUGCAGCUUUCUACCAAGCAGCAAAGCACCUUCUGGCAAAAACCUUCAUGUUGGCGGCAAAGCGGGCAAGAUCUAUCUCCAUGGCCUCCCUCAAAGGGUUGCGGCUGGGUGCCAUGUCCUGCCCGGGCCCAAGCCUGGCUCCCUUAGAGCCCCUGGGCUUCUGGAAAAUAGAGUUUGUGUUUUACUUUGAUGGAAAGAUGGCAAGGAAUUUAAAGGCAGGAAUUUGUUAUUAUUAUUUAAGAUUUGUUAGUAACCUCUGAUUCUGUGGAUUUGCCACUUUAAAUACUCGACUCCUUUGAAGACCUCCUCAGAACGCGCGUGUACGCGGAGCAGGUUUGUACGUUUAUGCUGGGGCCCAAAGGACGAUCAGCCUGCACAGAGACGUUUGAUUCCAUCUUGACUUGGAUUACCCGAGAAUCCGCCAGCGGGGGGCUGGGGAGAGAGUGGUUUCUGAGCACCGACGCCAACUUUAUCUGUUCUUUUGACGAGGAGGGGUGGUUUGUAAUUUCAUUUAAAUUGUUCUCUUCAACAGCUGGAGAUACCACACUGUCAAAAACACUGCAUCUGUACUUUUAUGGCUCGUGUUCAUUGACACCUCGAUGGCUCUUGAUGGCUCUAAAAAGUUGGGGGGGGUUGGUUUCAUAGAUAACCUAGGGAUUAAAACGUGAUCAGAGGCUUUAUUAAAUUUAUACUUCAGCA